UCUGUCUUCCUCCUCCCAGCUCUGUCUUGGCCUGCUCAGAAGCUUCCGCCCCGUUAGCCUGAACGCCCGGCCUCCUCCUCAGGCCCGCUUUGCGAGGCAGACCCGCGAGCCUGGAGCGCGGCGGCUCCUUUUCCCCCGGGAGCCGUGGCGGACACAGUGUGACCUUGGGCAAAUCUUGCUUGCCGGGCCUCAGUUUCCCUAUUUGCAGGAAGGAGUUGGGGGUGGGAAGUGAAUUUAAUGAGCUGAAUGUCCCUGUCCCAGCUCUCACAUCCUGAGGCUUUGUGACUUGCUGGGCAGGGUGGGGACACGAAAGGGUCCUUAACAGUCCCCACAUUAUCACUGUACCCAGCAGGUCUUAGCCAUGAACUCCCCUGGAGGAAGGAGGCAGGAAGCUGCAGGACCCAGGGGUAGAAGGGCUCACAGACCCCGGGAACAGUGGGUCACUCAGACUUCAGGGUGGGCAGCAGGGCAGGAGCACUACAGGGACCAGGGGCCACCUCUGGGCUCUUACAGGACCGAGAUGUGCAACUGUCCAAGGCUUUGUCCUACGCUCUGCGUCACGGGGCCCUGAAGCUGGGGCUUCCCAUGAGGGCUGGGAACCCCGAGGCCCAGAGCCCAAUAUCAUGUCUGGAGCAAACUGGGAGAGGACCCUCUGUCCAGGCCAUGCCUGGUGAUACCUGUGAUGGCUUCGUGCCCCUGGAUGCCCUCCUCCAGCUGCCCCAGUUCUGCGGCUUCUCAGCUGAGGAUGUUCGGCGCGUGGUGGACACCAGCCAGAAACAGCGGUUCGCCCUGCAGCCAGGGGACCCCAGCACUGGCCCUCUCAUCCGGGCCAAUCAGGGUCACUCCCUGCAGGUACCUGAGUUGGAGCUGAUGCCCCUGGAGACCCCCCAGGCCCUGCCCCUGACGCUCGUCCAUGGCACAUUCUGGCGGCACUGGCCUUCCAUCCUGCUCGAGGGCCUGUCCUGCCGGGGAAGGACACAUAUCCACCUGGCCCCAGGACUGCCUGGGGACCCCGGUGUCAUCAGUGGCCUUCGGCCAAAUUGCGAAGUGGCCGUGUUCAUCGAUGGGCCCCUGGCCCUGGCAGACGGGGUCCCCUUCUUCCGCUCUGCCAACGGGGUGAUCCUGACUCCGGGGAACGCCGAUGGCUUCCUGCUUCCCAAGUACUUCAAGGAGGCCCUGCAGUUACGCCCUACCCGAAAGUCCCUGUCCUUGGCUGGUGAUGAAGAGACCGAGCGUCAGAGUGGCCCCAAGCACAGCGCCAGAGGAAAAAGGAUGACCCAACAAUAAAAUAUUUAUUAAAAAAAAAAAAAAAAAGGAAUGUAGAAAGAUGACAAAACAGGAAUUCCAGUUGGAAACCAUGAAUCAUCCUGUAGCUACAGCCGGGCUUCUUGAUGUGCUCAGGACUCCAGCUAGGUCGGGGGUGUUGGUCUCGGCCACUCGGACAAGGAGAGGGUGGGCAUCGUACGAGCUCAUAGCCCACCCUCUCUGGCCCCCGGGGGAUGGCAGAGUCUGGUCCAGUUAGGUCCCCGGUCUGCACGAAGCCAGUUGACAGCAGGGGAGCGUGCCCAGCUCAGUGCCUGUCUGGAGAGGGUGUGGGCUUAGGAGUGGCCAGAGCAGGUAGUGAGCAAAGUGGGGACAAUAAGACAGGCCUCAGAAGGCCUCGUGGCCUCCUGUGAGCUGCAGGAAGAGGUCCUCGUCCAG